UCCUGCGGGCCAAUGGGCGCCCUGAAUCACGAUGACAUACUGGGAUUCCGCGAAACUGUUUCUUGGGAGUGUGAGGACAGAGAAGUGCUCUCGCUCUCAGGGUAAGAGGACAAGUUGACACAUAUGUGAAGACAGAAAUGGAUCCAUUCGCUUAGCCGCUAGACGUGUUGUUAUUGUCGAAGCCGGGAGAAAGAAGAAGACGGAGGUCUAAACAGGCGUCUCUUUCCUGCUGAGGUGCUUUUUUAAUUAGUCCGCCCUGCUGUCUUUGCGGGACAGUCACAUUGAAGACGACACGUGUGUGGACAAUUGAGCACAUGUCUCCUGGCAGCACCUCACUCGGAUCCACUACUCUUUUAUAAUAGUUUGCAACACUUGUCUAUACAUUCUACUCACGUUUGUGCAUCCAGCUGCGAUCAUGUCCGAGGUCUCUGCAGACCUUGUCCCCACACGACCACCGCCACCGGAAGCAUUCAAAGAGAACCAGGAGAGCAGAACUUUGCUUAUGGUGGCGAUGAUUUUGUUGGACUUGAACAAAAGCAGCCCUGACGCUGUGAGUGCGGCGGCUGAAUCGCCAGAAAAGCCCGAGAGGGGCUGUCGCCGGUCGGCCACGGUGGAGGGAGAGGGCACGGUGGCCCCUACGCAGAACCGGAACAAAAGGAGGGCGGAGGAGUCCACUGAGAAGAGGCACUGCUGCCCUUUUACCGGCUGCGGGAAAAUGUACGGAAAGUCCUCCCACCUCAAAGCCCACCUCAGGGUGCAUACCGGUGAGCGCCCGUUUGAGUGCACCUGGCCGGCGUGUGACAAGAAGUUCUCCCGAUCGGACGAGCUGACCCGCCACUACCGCACACACACGGGCGAGAAGCGUUUCACGUGUCCCAUGUGCGACAAGUGCUUCAUGAGGAGCGACCACCUGACUAAACACGCCCGUCGCCAUGCCGGCUUCCAUCCCAGCAUGCUCCAGGGCUCCAGCGUGGCCAAGAGACGCCGCUGCUCUAUCUCCAUGUCGUCGUCAGACUCCGGAGACCAAAGCCCUCCGGGUGUGUGAGACACACCCACGCCCUGUAUAUAGCGAUAGAUGCAUAUGCAGUUGAUGCAGAGGCAAACACACAUGGACUUGCCUGCUUGUGUGCUGCACACAGCCCGCUAUCACAGAGUUUACAUUGCGCAACACUCUGUGCUUCCAUUCUUUACAAUGUGACAGGUAUUUAUUCAAUAUUUUUUUCAGCGUCUGUCAAACAGGUUGAGUUUUAUCAUUUCUAAUUAGUUUGUUUUGUAUUUUUAAAUAACAUGCCAUACAACAGUUUUCAGGGUAUGUAGUGUCAAUAGCACUAUAUUAACAUGUUCGCUAAACAUAAGUCAGCACCACUACAGUAUAUGAGUGAGAUACGACUAUUAUUCACACAACUUGUACAGUUAAGAUAAUGCAUAUAGUACAUUAGAGGAGUAUUAUAGUGUACAUAAAGAGAAGAUUGAUUAUUAGUUAUUAAAGAGAAAGGAAACAAGAACUCCAGAGUUAGGAUUGCCUAGGUUAGGUGAGCCUAUAGCUAGUAAAAACUACAAAUGCUUAAUCAAUGCACCAAAAUAUCUUGAAUAUACUUUGAUAAUAAAUACAAUGAUACACAAGCAAACCUCAUGCCAAAUGAUAGUUCUGAUCCAUGUUGUGAAUAACAGCAUCAUCACAGGUCAAGCAAAAAUGUAUUAUUUGCUUGAUUUAAAUGUAAAAGAAUCCACAGGGAGGUCCGUGCCUUCUGGAGGGUUUCUUCUCACCCCUGCCUGAAUGAGUUAUUUUAAUAUUAUAUUAUUAACACUGAUAUUCAGCACUGUAAAGUGAAUAUUAGUGGCUGUCUCAGACCAACAGUGCCAGCCAGCUACUGUACUCUUGUCUCUCAUGGUGUACUUUGCGUUGUCAGGGAUGUCUCGUUCAUGUUUGCACCCCCUAGUGGUGAUGUGGAAGCAGACCUGAUUGUGUUGUGUGGCCGGGGAUUCCUUAUAGUUCAUCAGUCAAUUCCAUCUUGUAGCAUAUUUUUAUGUAUUUGUUUGGUACACUGUGUUUUUCGUGUGUCUGGUUAUCUUUUAUAUAAUUAAGAGGGUUUACUAGUCCACUACACGAGCCAGAAAUCUUGUCGCGUUUUACAUAAUAAAGCCACUCAAUGCAUUCAGAUGGUCCAAAAAACAGACGAUAAGCUCUUAGGACAUACAUGAAAGAGAGGAAUGCGUUCUUUUUUUAAUCGUGCAUUAUGACAACUGUGAUAAAAUGUUGGUGCCUUUCAGGUUGAAGCUCGUAUGAUGCUCCUGUACUGUAAUGAGGGUCUGCACUGUAGACCUUAUAUUACUGCAAGACAUAGCAUUGUAAUAAUUAAUGCUCAAACAUUUUAACAUUAAAAUGAUUGUUCUUCAUAA